CCGAACUCUCUCUCCCUUCAUUUGUCAGCACAAACGACAUUCAUUUCUUCUUCUUCCUUCCUUCCUUCCAUUUCAAAGUUCUCUUAUAGAGCACAAUUUGGCGACGAGCUAGCCCAGUGAAAUUCCACCGAUUUCUUCAUCUGGGUCUCCAUCGUUUUGCUUAAAGUCGCCGCCUUUUUUGGGUUUGAUUUACAGACCCUCAGCUCCUGGGUUCUUAAUUAACCACAUGGACGGCAGCUUGGGGUUGGUGAGCCGACUCUCAGAGUUAGUGAAUGAGAUUUCUGGGCUGUCCGAGUGUGGGAAUGUGUGCAACAAGAUGCACGUCAACUUGGUGAGACGAAUUGAACUCUUGCGACCCAUGUUUGAGGAAUUGAAAGAUGUCGAUGAAGAGCUGAGCGAAGAAGCCGCUGGAGGGUUUGAGCUGUUGAGAAUUGCUCUGGAAUCAGCUCUGAAGCAUCUGAGGACGGUCAACGCAAGCAGCAAGGUUCAUCAGUCCUUACAUGGAGACAACAUAGAAGCUGAAUUCCUCCAAAUAACAGAACAAAUUGAAGAAGCAUUGAGCAAGAUUCCUUACAAAAAGCUUGAUUUGUCUGAAGAAGUUAAGGAACAGGGAUUACUGAACUCAAUUUAUCAGAGAUGUCAUUGUUCGGUGUAUGACAAUUUGGGAUUGGUGAGUCAACUCUUGGAGCUUGUGAAGACCAUCUCUGGGUUGCCCGAGUGUAGAAAUGCCUGCAAAAAAAUGCAUGGAAAUUUGGUGAGGAGGAUCAAGCUCUUGAGUCCCAUGUUUGAGGAAUUGAAAGAUGGUAACGAAGAGCUGAAUGAUGAAGCGGUUAUAGGGUUUGACUUGUUGAGAACUGCUCUGGAUUCAGCUCUGGAGCAUCUGAGGACAGUCAAUGAAGGGAGCAAGGUUUAUCAGGCCUUGUAUCAGGAGGACAUAGCAGCUGAGUUCCACCAGAUUACUGAACAGAUUGAAAUAGCAUUGGGAAAGAUUCCUUACAACAAGCUUGAUUUGUCUGAGGAAGUCUGGGAACAGAUUCAGCUUGUGCAUGCUCAAUUCCAAAGAGCAACCGCAAAACCAGACUCUCCCGAUGUGCAACUGGAUCAUGAUUUAGCUGUUGCACAAAGAGAAAGAGAUCCAGACCCUGCAAUACUGAAGCGGCUUUCUGAAAAGCUUCAACUCAAGACAAUCGAGGAUCUUAAAAAGGAGUCCAUUGCGUUCCAUGAGUUAAUAAUUUCAAGCGAGGGAGAUCCGGAAGACUUGUUUGGGAAGAUUUCUUCUAUUUUCAGAAAGUUGAAGGACUUUGUUCAAGUUGAAAACCCAGAAGAUGCUGAUGCUCCUAAGGCUGACAAGGAAUUCCUUAAGCACAGGUCUCCUGUCAUUCCAGACGACUUCCGUUGCCCUAUAUCUCUUGAACUAAUGAAAGAUCCCGUUAUUGUCUCUACCGGACAGACAUAUGAAAGAUCUUGCAUUCAGAAAUGGCUAGAUGCUGGCCACAAGACAUGUCCAAAGACCCAGCAAACCCUCUUGCACACUGCACUAACACCAAACUACGUGUUAAAGAGUUUGAUAUCCUUGUGGUGCGAAAGCAAUGGCGUUGAGCUACCUCCUAAGCAUCAGGCUGCUUUUAAGAACAGGAAACUGGGGAGCAGCACCGUUUCGGACUGUGAUCAAACCACCAUUGCUGCAUUGCUUGAAAAGCUGGCGAAUGGCAACCCAGAACAGCAGAGAGCAGCUGCUGGAGAGCUUCGGUUGCUUGCGAAAAGGAAUGCUGACAACAGAGUGUGCAUCGCCCAAGCAGGAACCAUUCCUCUUCUCGUGGAAUUACUUUCCUCUCCUGAUGCUCGCACUCAAGAACAUGCUGUCACAGCGCUUCUUAACCUCUCAAUAAACGACGGGAACAAGGGCACAAUCGUCAACGCGGGAGCCAUACCCGACAUUGUGGAUGUUCUGAAGAAUGGAAGCAUGGAGGCGAGGGAAAAUGCGGCAGCUACCCUUUUCAGUCUGUCGGUCGUGGACGAGAACAAGGUGGCGAUAGGAGCAGCUGGCGCAAUCCCAGCGCUGAUCAACUUGUUAUGCGAGGGAUCGCCGCGUGGCAAGAAAGAUGCAGCCACUGCCAUUUUCAAUCUCUCAAUAUACCAAGGGAAUAAAGCAAGAGCAGUUCGGGCUGGGAUCGUGCCACCAUUAAUGAGACUGUUAAAGGAUGCUGGCUGCGGGAUGGUGGAUGAAGCUCUGGCGAUCCUCGCAAUCCUCGCGAGCCACCAGGAAGGAAAGGUGGCAAUCGGAUUGGCGGAUCCAAUUCCGGCACUGAUGGAAGUGAUCAGAACAGGAUCUCCUCGCAACAGGGAGAAUGCAGUGGCCGUGAUGUGGUCCUUAUGCACAUGUGGCGACUUGCAGCAGUUGAGGGCAGCCAAGGAGUUGGCCGCAGAGGAGGCAUUGAAAGAAUUAGCAGAGAGUGGCACUGAUAGGGCGAAACGGAAGGCUGGGAGCAUACUGGAGCUUCUCCAGAGGGUUGAGCCAGCAGCCUAGUCAAAAGCCCGAUUCUUUAAUCAUCCAGGUACAAAUUCUGAACACAGUUGCAGUUUAUGUGAAAAGCUGUGUCUUGGCGCGUACCUCCCAGGCUACCCCAACCCGAAUGGGAGUGGGCAAGUCGGGUGGUAGUCACCAUGGCGGUUUCCUGAGAAUGUAGUGUGUGUGCAAUCAAGUUGUUGGGUACUAGAGGUGGGGGUGCAUAGGCGGAUUGUAAGAAGUUACACGUAUGAAGCAGCGCGUUGGUUGGAUGUCAAACUGGUUUUUUGAUACACUGUAUAGUAGUUGGAGGGCUAAGUUUGGUGGCUAAUUGUUUAUACCAUUUGGAAGAGAUCAAGCCGGCAUCAUUUGAGACUUGGUCUGGUCCUCAAAUAAAGCUUUGCAGCAAGACAGCGAGGAUUAUGAUCAGCUGCUGCAAAUAUUAGAAUGUAAAAAAGGAGAGGAAAAUGGGUGGUGGGAUUGUGAUUGAUACAUACAGGUAUACAGAAGAAAGAGUCAAAGUAAACUUACACUUUUGUUUAGUUGUAUAAUAUGUGAUGUCGCCAUAGUGGAUGUAGUUGUUGUAUUCGACAGAUGGAAAAGAAAAGCAAAUUAUGUAUAGGGUUUCCAUGUAGCUGUCAAUGUGAGUCCUUUCCUGCGGCUUUUUGUUUGAUGGUAUUGUUUAAGGGGAUGCGGUUUGUAUGGAACAGGUCAUGUAAUAUAAGUUAUGGAGAGAAUUUUGUUGUUGCUGUACGCAUGGAGGAUUACUGUUUUAUAAUGAAAUUUUGUUACUGCU